AUGCCGGAAGGAAGCUCCGCCCAGCCGCUCGUCAAGUACUCAGAGCACCGGAGGAAGGUGACCAAGUUCUACAAGGCCAAGUCGAGGACCCGCCACCUCGCCGGCGGCGACAUCCCUCGCCUGGUGCGGAUAUCGGUGACCGACCCGGAAGCCACCGACUCCUCCGGCGACGACGACGACGACGAGCCCGCCCGCCGCCGCGUCAAGCUCUACGUCGACGAGAUAAGCGUGGAGGCCCCCCACGGCGGCGGCGGCGCCGCUGCAGCGGAGCUUUCAUGGCCUUGCAGGAAGAAAGCGGGGAGCAGGUCGCCGGCGGUGGCCGGCAAGAAGUUCAGGGGAGUGCGGCGGCGGCCGUGGGGGAAGUGGGCGGCGGAAAUCCGCGACCCGGCACGGCGAAUGCGGAUCUGGCUGGGGACCUACGACACCGCGGAGGAGGCUGCUAAGGUCUACGACAGCGCCGCCAUCCAGCUUCGUGGGCCCGACGCCAUGACCAACUUCUCCGUGGAGGUCUCUCCGCCGCCGGCGACGGCUUCGUCCGGCUCCGGCGGAUACGACUCCGGCGAGGAGUCCCGGAACCUGUCCUCUCCGACGUCGGUGCUGAGGUACUGCUCCUCCAAGGAAGCGGCGGCACCGCCGCCGCAGAAAUCGGAGCUGAGGAAGGAGACCACGGAGGAGGAAGGCGGAGGAGGGAAUUUUAAUGGAGGGAUCUUCGAGGACCUGAGAUUAGACCUCGGAGAGCUGCUUCCCUUGGAGGAGGCAGCCGGAUCGUUCUUCGAUGACUACCUGUGCUUCGAUUCCACGGCGGCGGGGGUUUUCACGGAGCCUUGCGCCGGUGACGAGUUCUUGCUGGAGGAAUUCCUGAGCUUGGAGGCAGAGAUGGGAGGAGGCAUCGUCUUCUCCGGCGCCGGGAGGGCGGCGCCGCCGCCGUGGCAUGAUAGCUUCUUCCAGGACGUCGGCGACGUCGCCGACCUGUUCAGCUCCGACCCAUUGCUCGUCCCCUGA